GAAUCUUGCCUAUAUGUAGUACGCACAUGAAGCCUACGCAAAGGCCACUCCACCACUCCUAACUGCAGAGGGUAAGUAACGCUUCCACCAAAACAGAGGACGAAUCUGCAGCGUAGCAUGGCAGAAGGGGCGGUUGUUGAAGGGCUGAAGCUAGAGCAGCGCUACGGCAAGGAAAGAGUGAGAGUUGGGAGAGUGUGGAGAGAUGUUGACGGCACCCAUCAUUUUGUCGAGUGGAACGUCAGCAUCCGCCUCCUCUCCGAUUGUAUCCCUGCAUAUGUCACCGGCGACAAUUCUAACAUCGUCGCCACCGAUACCAUGAAAAACACCGUGUAUGUUAAAGCUAAGGAAUGUUCUGAACGGAUCCCAGUGGAGGUUUUUGCUAUUAAACUUGCCAACCACUUCUCUACUUUCUACGACCCGGUCACCACUGCAAUUGUCAAUAUUGCGGAAAAGCAAUGGGAGCGUGUCUCUGUAGAUGGUCAAUCCCAUAAACAUGGUUUUAAGUUUGGAUCUGAGGAGCAUACGACAGAAGUUGUAGUAAAGAAAUGCGGAGCUUUGCAGGUGACUUCUGGUAUUGGAAAACUGAAAUUGCUUAAGACAACUCAAUCAGGCUUUGAAGGAUUUAUAAGGGACAAAUACACGAUGCUGCCAGAUACACGGGAGAGAUUAUUGGGAACUGAGGUCACUGCAUCAUGGAGAUAUGCUUUCGAUUCUCUUGAAAAUAUCCCUGUGCAGCCACUUUACUUUUUCAAUAGCUAUACUGGUGUGAAAAAGGUUUUGGUCGACACUUUCUUUGGCACUCCAAAAAUGGGAGUAUACAGUCCAUCUGUUCAGUACACUCUAUACAAGAUGGCAAAGGCUGUUCUGGGAAGGUUUCAUGAUUUAUCAUCAGUUGACUUGAAGAUGCCAAACAUUCAUUUCCUACCAGUUAACCUGUCGAGCAAAGAUAAUCCAGUCAUUGUCAAAGUAAGAUCACUGACUUUCUAUGCUGAUUGGGAUAACUAUUGUCAGACAUGCACUUGGGAGUACAUAGUUCAUGUGAUAAAGCAAAUUAACAAAAUUGCAGGCUUGUGAAGAGACUGAGCAACUAGUCUUGGACAGUAGUUGUGAAAAGCAGUCAUAAGUUGCAUAGGAGGUCAUGUUUUAUGAAUCUUAUACUAAAAUGCAUCUUGAUCUUUGGCUGAAGUCCGACUUUUAACUUCAGUGCUUCCUCUGAACUUUGUAACACUGCAGUGGCAGUCUGGAUGAGACGAUAGAAAUGAGAAAUUCUGUUGAGAACUGAUAGUAUGCACGCUAGAUUCAUCUACAGAUAUGCUAAGCUGUAACUGCUGUCUGUAAUUGACUUUUGCAGUUUGAAGAUGAUGUAUAUUUACCAACUGAUGAACCACAUGGAGCAAUUGAAGCGAGUCUAAGCCGCAUUCGUUCGAAGAUGUAAAAGUUUCUUUAGAAGUGACUGAUGAAGCCAUACAUUUUCCUUGAUCCAGUUGCUUUAUCCUUAAUGUGUAGUGCCUGGGGAAAAGUUUUCCCUCCGUUGCUGAGGACUUGUGCUUGUAGAUAUGGUUAUUCUGUCUGUUGUACAUGAACUCCACGAGGAUGCUUUCAUUAGUCAUCCAAUUGUACAUGACUCUAAUAAUCAUCACCGGAAAAAGCUCUCUAAUAACGAUUAUGUAAAUGUGUGUCUCAGCUUUUAGUACUUGGUCAGCAAUGGUACAAAGAACAGUUUGUAACCU